AAGUUCCAACGGCUCGAGUAGAGCUGAUCGUUGCUGCUAGAUGACGCAUGCUGUUUAUCAACCGUAGUUAGCAUGCGCACUUGUUUUCUGUUAGUUGACAGGUCAGCAGCGCGUUAGCGUAAAGGCAGCAGAACGAUUUGAGAAGCCGGUUUCGAGGGCGAGACGCCUUUUAGCGGUCAAUCUUGAAGCCUUCCAGCUAUUUUAAACUGUUAACGACAAUGAGUAAAAGGGUCACACUCGAUGAUUUUCCCGCUUUGAAAUCGAAGCACGUUUAUAUUAAAGAUAAAGAUACACUUUUAAAGACGAUAAAUACGAUUCUGCAAGAUGGCACGAGUAAUCUGCAAGUAGUAACGGAUUUUGACUUAACCCUUACAAAGCAGCACAUAAAUGGAACACAUAUGCUUAGUAGUUUUGGUAUGUUCAAAAAGUCUAAGCAAUUGCCGCAACAUUAUUUGGAUGAAGCUAAAGAAUUGUAUAAUAAGUAUAGACCUAUAGAGAUAGAUCCAUAUAUAUCUGUGAAUGAAAAAUCAGAUGCUAUGCGUGACUGGAUGCUUGCUGCUAACAAUUUAUUAAAGGAUAUUGAAUUUGAUCCUAAUGAAAUGGAGAAAGUUGCGCUAAUAUCUGGCAAUGUGUUGCGCGAUGGCACAGAGGAAAUUUUUAAGAAAUUACACAAGGCAAAAGUACCAAUUAUAGUGUUUAGUGCUGGUUUAGGAGACAUGGUGGAGGCUAUAUUAAAGUGCCACAAUACUUUUUAUGACAAUGUACAAAUAAUAUCCAACUUUCUCAAGUAUAAUGGAAAUAAAUUGGAUGGAUUUAAAAAUAACGUGCCCAUACACACAUUCAACAAAAAUGAAUGUGCAAAAAAUCAUCUGAAGGUACUCAGAAAUAGGCAUAAUGUAUUGUUAAUGGGAGACUCAAUUGGUGACGCAGAUAUGGUAGAAGGAAUAAAAGAUGUUAAGGCAGUUUUGAAAAUAGGAUUUCUUUACGAGCACGUGGAAGCUAGUUUAGACUCUUUUAUGGAAAAGUUUGAUAUCGUUCUCGUUGAUGAUCAAACGAUGCAAGUACCAACAGAAAUACUGCAAAGCAUCUUAUAAUGUCGAUAUUAUUGUUUUAUAAUGAUAUUUAAUAAUAUUUAAUAAUCUUGA